AUGUUUUGCUUCUUAUUUUCUUGGAGAAAAGCUUCCAAAUGUAAGAAAUUAAUCAAGAAAAUUCAAUGUCGUUUGAAGCUUCUUAAGAGCAAAAGAUUCGUCAUUGCAACCCAUUUUAGACAAGACAUUGCACAAUUAUGGAAGAAUGGUUAUCAACACAUUGCUUACAACAGGAUUGAUGAAUUAUGCAUGGACGAGGGUAUGAUAUUAGUGUAUGAGAUAUUGGAACAAUAUUCCAAGUUCAUAUUACUUAACCUAUCUUACAUCCGCAAACACAAAGAUCUUCCUAUCGAUGUGAAUGAGGCCAUUUCAACCCUGGUUUACGCCUCGGCGAGAUGCAGUGAUGUUCCGGAGUUAAGGCUCAUCAGGAAGCUUUUUGGAGAGCGUUAUGGUCAGAAGCUUAUUGUUGGUGCAGUUCAUUUGCACCCUGGAAACCAUGUUAACCGCCAGGUGAAAGAGAAGUUAACCCUACAAUCAGUUUCAGAAUAUGAAAGGAAUAGAAUGUUGCAUGAAAUAGUGAAAGAUUUCUUCUUCAAACCUUCUGAGUUUUUGGCACAUGAUUACAAACUAGAUUGUCAAGUGCCCCCAAAGGUUGCUGAACUAUAUGAAGUUGAUCAAGGGCAAGAAAUAUGCACUGUCAAAAAAAAUAUAUGCCCUGCAACUUCUACUAGACAUUGCAUUGUUUUGCAAUCUUCUCCCUCGAUUACCGAGAUCCGAAAGGAUGAAGAAGAAAAGUGUCACACCUUAGCGCAACACGAAGCAAGUGUGAUCGAACUAGUAGAAGAAGAAGAAAAAGAAGAAGAAAACGAACAGGUAACAGAAAAGUUUAGCUUUGAUGAUCAAGAUGAGGUACAAGAAUUUAAGACACCCAUAAAACAAGAAGUGAACUUUAUGUAUGAUCAAGAUCAAAGAUUCUUCUUGUUUGGAUUUUCUUCAUUAUGUGACACUCAAUUAGGCAGAUCAGAAUCUGGUGACAAACAGAUUGCAGAAUACAUGAAAUGUCAGGUUUAUAAUCCAAGGAAAUGUCAGAAAAAAAUUGGAUUUGUAUGUGAAGAUGAUCAUGUAAGGGAGGAAAUCCAAGAAAUGGGAUUAAGAGAAUGUAUGGAUAGUUCUUUGUUGAUGAGUAAGUUUAAGGGUUCGAGUUCGGUUUCGGUUUCGGUUUCUCCAAGUCAUGUACACCCAAAAUUGCCUGAUUAUGAUGAGAUUGAAGCUAAGUUUAAGGUGCUUAAGAUGGUUCAUCUACAAAACAAGAUUUCAGCUGAUGUAGUUGAUGGUAUCUAUAAUUUCAUGAAGUUAUUUUUUUAA